GCGGAGGGAGGUCGCCGACCGGCCGGCUUGGCAAGGAGGCGGCCCCGUGUCCGCACCCCCCGCCCAGGACCCCCGAGGAUGUAGAAGCUUAGCCGCGGACCCCGUAGGGAGAUCCUGGGACCACAGGAAUCCUGCCACCCUAGGAGUCAGGAGAACUGAAAAACAAAAGUCCCUCCUUCCCGAAGAACAGCCCUUAAAGGUUUCUAGGCCAUUAUGAACCAUGGCCCAACUUUACUACAAAAAGGUGAACUAUUCACCCUACCGGGACCGCAUCCCACUGCAGAUUGUGCGGGCAGAGGCUGAGCUCUCUGCGGAGGAAAAGGCCUUCCUCACUGCUGUGGAGAAGGGAGAUUAUGCCAGUGUGAAGCAGGUUCUGCAUGAGGCUGAAAUCUACUACAAUGUCAACAUCAAUUGCAUGGACCCGCUGGGCCGCAGUGCCCUGCUCAUUGCCAUUGAAAAUGAGAACCUCGAGAUCAUGGAGCUGCUGCUGAACCACAGCGUCUAUGUGGGCGAUGCCUUGCUCUAUGCCAUCCGCAAGGAGGUGGUCGGGGCUGUGGAGCUGCUACUCAGCUACCGGAAGCCCAGUGGCGAAAAACAGGUCCCCACUCUGAUGAUGGACGCCCAGUUCUCUGAGUUCACCCCAGACAUCACGCCCAUCAUGCUGGCCGCUCACACCAACAACUAUGAGAUCAUCAAAUUGCUCGUCCAACGCCGGGUCACCAUCCCCCGGCCCCACCAGAUUCGCUGCAAUUGUGUGGAGUGUGUGUCCAGCUCGGAGGUAGACAGCUUGCGCCACUCCCGCUCACGCCUCAACAUCUACAAGGCCCUGGCCAGCCCCUCGCUCAUUGCCCUGUCCAGCGAGGACCCCAUCCUGACUGCCUUCCGCCUCGGAUGGGAGCUCAAGGAGCUCAGCAAGGUGGAGAACGAGUUUAAGGCCGAGUACGAGGAACUCUCCCAGCAGUGCAAGCGCUUUGCCAAAGACCUCCUGGACCAGGCCCGCAGCUCCCGGGAGCUGGAGAUCAUCCUGAACCACCGAGAUGACCACACCGAGGACCUUGACCCCCAGAAGUGCCAUGACCUGGCCAAGCUAAAGGUGGCAAUCAAGUAUCACCAGAAAGAGUUUGUGGCUCAGCCAAACUGUCAGCAGCUGCUGGCCACACUGUGGUAUGAUGGCUUCCCAGGCUGGCGGCGGAGACACUGGGGAGUCAAGAUGCUGACCUGCAUCACCAUUGGCCUCCUGUUCCCAAUGCUGUCUAUUGCCUACUUGGUCGCCCCCAGGAGCAACCUUGGACUCUUCAUCAAAAAACCGUUUAUCAAGUUCAUCUGCCACACGGCCUCCUACCUGACUUUCCUCUUCAUGCUGCUCCUGGCAUCCCAGCACAUAGUCAGGACAGACCUACAUGUUCAAGGGCCACCACCCACUGUGGUGGAAUGGAUGAUACUGCCUUGGGUUCUAGGUUUCAUUUGGGGAGAAAUUAAGGAGAUGUGGGAUGGUGGCUUCAAUGAGUACAUCCAUGAUUGGUGGAACCUGAUGGAUUUUGCCAUGAACUCGCUCUAUCUGGCAACAAUCUCACUGAAAAUCGUUGCCUACGUCAAGUACAAUGGUUCUCGUCCCAGGGAGGAAUGGGAAAUGUGGCACCCAACCCUGAUUGCAGAAGCCCUCUUUGCAAUCUCCAACAUUUUAAGUUCCUUGCGUCUCAUAUCCCUGUUCACAGCCAACUCCCACCUGGGGCCUUUGCAGAUCUCCUUGGGGCGCAUGUUGCUUGACAUCCUCAAAUUCCUCUUUAUCUAUUGCCUGGUCCUGCUGGCUUUUGCCAAUGGACUGAACCAGCUUUACUUUUAUUAUGAGACCAGAGCCUCCGAUGAGCCUGAUAACUGCAAGGGGAUCCGCUGUGAGAAACAGAACAACGCCUUCUCCACGCUUUUUGAAACUCUCCAGUCGCUUUUCUGGUCAGUGUUUGGGCUUCUGAAUCUCUAUGUCACCAAUGUCAAGGCGAGGCAUGAGUUCACCGAAUUUGUGGGCGCGACUAUGUUUGGGACGUACAAUGUCAUCUCCCUGGUGGUGCUGCUGAACAUGCUCAUCGCCAUGAUGAACAACUCCUACCAGCUCAUUGCCGAUCAUGCAGACAUUGAGUGGAAAUUUGCCCGGACCAAGCUCUGGAUGAGUUACUUUGAUGAAGGGGCCACCUUACCACCUCCUUUCAACAUCAUCCCAAGCCCCAAGUCCUUCUGCUACCUCGGUCAAUGGUUCCACAGGCAUUUUUAUGCCAACCGGGGCUCAGCGGAUAACGGAAGGAAGCAUGGGAACCUAAAAAUGUUCACUGAACGCCACGCUGACAGCCUGAUUCAAAAUCAGAACUACCAGUUCCAGGAAGUGAUACGGAAUUUGGUGAAAAGAUACGUGGCGGCCAUGAUCCGAAGCUCCAAAACAAACGAGGGACUCACAGAAGAAAACUUUAAGGAGUUAAAACAGGACAUCUCCAGCUUUCGUUACGAGGUGCUUGACCUCUUGGGCAAUCGCAAACCCCAAAGAAGGAGCUUCUCCACGAGCAGCACUGAAAUCUCCCAGAAGGAUGAUGCGAAUGAUGGUAGUGGGGGGGAGAAGGCCAAAGCCAAGAGUGUCUCUUUCAACCUAACUGGCAAAAAAAGGGACUACGGCAUGGCGGCUCCAAUCAAGACUGGGUCCAAGACGAGUAGUGGUGGUGCGACCGCUGCCUCCACUCCGCAAGUUAAGCCCAAGACCAGUGGGUCAAGUAAGCACUCCUUUAUGAGCAAUCCACUACAGAAACUGUCGAGCUCCAAGAAAGAGUCUUUCAAGAGACUGGGUCUCUUGUUCUCCAAGAUGAACGGGCACCUGGCCGAGCCCAGUGGCGAGCCGAUGUACACCAUUUCAGAUGGAAUCAUUCAGCCGCACUACACGUGGCAAGACAGCAGAUAUUCCCAGAGGGAUCCAGAGAGGGGAGAGGCUAGCUGUUCAAAGAGUGAGAGCAACCUCUCAGAGGCGGACUUUGGUGGGGGUGCAUGUGCCCCCAGCACCAGUGCACGGGCCUCUGGGCAGAGCAGUGAAUGCCCUCUCGCAUCUUCCAGUUCUCUCCACUGUGCUUCGAGGAUCUGCACCUCCAACUCCAAACUGAUCGACUCCACCGAGGAUGUGUUUGACUCGUGGGGGGAGGCUUGUGACUUGCUUAUGAACAGAUGGAAGGAUGGACAGGAAGAACAUGUCACAACCCGGCUCUGAGCUCAGCCUGCGACAGCUGCUCUAGAACUGGGCAGGAUGUUUGUCUUUCUUGGUGAGAGAGGAUGGGGUAGGGAAGGGGGCUCUGAAUCAUCACUCUCAAAGGACACUCCCAUCCACCUGCUUGCAGAGCCGCCCACUUGGCUUUCAUUCUCGCUCCAAUGUUUGGUGAAUUUGUUUUGGUUAUGCUGUUUUCUACCAAUAGAUGCUGAUCUCAUCUUUGCUACUAACUGAAGGGGUUCACCAGGAAGCCCCGAAGCUUAGGGGUCCCCUGCACUUUCAAACCCUUUGCUCUGCUUUUCCUGACCUUGUCUUCUCCAGGUUCCCAUACAACCCUUCCUCUCUUCUCCUCUCCCUCCCCCCAAAAAAAGGGGGGGGUGAAAUCCCACUGUAGGAGCUCCUGAGCAAAGUCCCAGUACCCACUGGCCAAGGCUGACUCUUUCUGGGCCUGACUUUGCUGCUGUCCAGUGCUGACCAGAGCCACUCACUCCUGCGGGUCAGUUCAGGGAAGGCACCUUCUCCACAUCUUACCUGGCAGAGUGAGUGCACAAGGCUCUCUCUCAUCAAGCCACCGUUACCGGCUUCCCUUUGUUCUCACGGAGCUGUGACUGCUGAAGUGAGGUCUGCCCAGCAACGGACAAGGCGCUUUGAGUAAAAACUGGAAGUUUGAAGUUGCUGACAUGAGAGCUAGCAGUUUGGAUGCAUAUGCACUACCAAACCGACACACGAUGAUUUCAGCUCCUCAGCUGGCUGGCGUGACGCUUGCCUAUAGCACGUUUUCAGAAUUGUUGCAAUCAAAACCUUUCCCAAAUAAAAACACAGUCUUGGGGGAAGAGGGGGAACAUCGUCAUCAGAAAAGGAUCUUGCCAAGGUGUCAAAAUCUGACAAAGAGCAUCUGUGUUAUUUUAAUUGACUGUUUCCUCAAAACAACAACAGAAUCCAAAACAAAAAGCAAAAAAGCAGCAACAGCAACACCAGAGAACAUACUUAUGGAUCCUAGUCUGGGCGGCUGCAGCUGAGCAGAAUCGAUUGGGGAAGGUCCAUGCAGAACAGACAAACCAAGGGUCCAAAUGUAGAGGAAGAGGAAGACCCAGACCCAGCCCCAAAUGGAGCAGGGCAUUAGGAACCCUAAGGAUGUGCUCUCCGAGGCUACACCAAAGCCAGGAGGUGAGAGGCUCAGAUGCAUGUGCUUGUGUGCAUGCACUGGGUCUCCACUUCUUCUAAAGGGGUCCAAGCAGAGCAGCAGCUGCCCCCAAACCCGAUUAACAAAUGACCUGCCAGUGACCUGGGCUUGAUUAUUAGUAGCAAGGUUUCUAACAUCCCAGAUACAGACCUCCUAACAGGCAAUUUUACUGUGAGCAACAUAUCCCAGAAUUCCCUUUCCCAUUCUGUUUGAUAGUACAAAACCCCAAUCUGUGGCCCUGUGGCUAAGGCUGUGGGGACAUCUUUGGAAGAGAAAAACAGCCUUGCAGCUGUCCAUGGCUAAGAAAGCAGGUAGCGUUGUCCUGGAUCUCAUCGCGUUCUUUGCAAAGGCAGCUGUGUGGAUGGAUCAGUGGCCUCUACCCUCUUGACGACUGAUCAAAUCACAUCACCAUUUGUGCAGUCAGGGGCCUUAUAGAUGAGCAAACAUUAAGUUCUCAUUGACCAGGUUGGGGUCAUGAUGGUACAUAGGAGAUUGCAAGUGCUUUCAUUUCAAUGCCUCCAUCAGCAUCAGCAUCUGCCCCAAUGACUCAUGGUCUGCAUGGAGGCUCAAGGUCCCCUCCCUAUACUAAGGGUCAAUUCUUCCCAGUAACUCCAUUCUAAGCCAGAGCCCUCACAAGCAUCCCUGGGCCCAGGGAAGGUGUAAUCCUGCUGGGUUUGGUUUUAUUCUAAAGUGUAGGGACCCGUGACAAAAUUGAGAGCUGAAAUAUCAAGUCCAGAACCAUAAAAGCCUAUCCUGCUUCCCACUAUUAAGUCAUCAGAACAAGACUGGAUACAAACUUCAUUAAUUUUCUUUGCAUGUUAUUAAGCAGCUUAAUUCAGCUUCCUGCUUAUCUCUUCUCUGACCCUGAAUUUGGUUUAAACUUGUGAUCAUGACAGACACCUGCUGGUGUGUCCAUUUGUCUUCAGCUUACCUCUACAAUGGGGAUGAUGAGACCGGAAGUUUCACAGGGUUAGUGUGAGAAAAAGCAUCUUGUCCAAAAUAAAGCUGUUCAAUUCAAUCAGCAUCUCUUUAGCACCCAUAUGACCCUGUACUAGAGGCAGGGGCAAGGGCCAGGGAUCAGAGCAGACGUCGCGCUGGCAAAGGACGCUCCCUCCAGCAGUGGGGCUAAUACGUAUCAGAGGGAGGACCUGAAGUCAGGUCUUCCUGCUUUCAAGGUGGUGGAGAGAAGACAAAACACAAAGAAGUCCCUAUCCUCCAGGAGCAUGUAUUCUCCCAACAGGAGUCAUCCUUAGCAUCACUAUUAGGCUGAAAAAUCUCCAAAAAAACUACUGAAUGGUGUCCAAAAAGGCACUUGAGUGAGAACUCUCCCUGAAUUCCAUUGACCCAUUGCUCUGGAAGAAUCUGGAAGAAUUGCAAGCACAAAUGCAGCAUCUUAAAGAUGGUCCCCAUUUCCCCGGGAUGCAGGGACUACUUCUGACUUCUCAGUCAGACUCUUUCAGGCAAGGUACAUUCAUCUGGCUGCCAUUUUUAGCCUAGGUCUCCCUCCUGUGAAGGAGGCACAAAUCCAGAACAACAGUGUCCUUCCUGUUCACUAAGGACCCCAGUGGCCACUUCCACACUGCUACAUCCACUCCAUCUGGGCUUCAAGUGAGCACCGUCAGCACGCAAGACACCUCGGCCUAGAGAAAACACAUAGCCCUUGUACUUCAAAACAAAAUCAUGGGUGAAAAUUCGGCACUCCUCUGCCGAGUCGUUUUGUUGCCCUGGACCUUGACCUCGGCCUGUUCUACCAAUACAAGUAUUUAUUAAGCUCCUGCCAUGGGCAGGUUACCUUGCGAUGGGCACUGGCGAUACAAAGCCAAAAUGGCAGAAAGAGCUCCCAUCUUACUGUACCCAUGCCAAGACCUGGGUGUGUAACCCUUUCCCCAGUACUAGUACUGUGCACAUGCCACAGGGUGCCAUUCUAAGAACCCACCGGGUUCCAGCUAGGGCCCUGCUGUCAUUUGAAGCAACCCAUCAGACCAUUCACUGGCUACACAUGCACAUAUCCGCCUUCUUUGACCACAAUCCUAGACUGAUUUUCAGAGAGAUCCAUUCUUUGGCUAGGUGCCCACCCCACAGUUUGCUGAUGUAGAAGCUGCCAUUUGGUGCUCCACCACUGGCUUCAGCACAGAGACACUGCCUCAACUGCAUCCCCAACAGCUCAUUUAUUCUUUUCCUACCCAAGCAGCUUAUGCCUUGCUUUGUUUUGUGUGGGCCCAUUUUGUCCAAGUGGCACCCCACCCCACCCCUUCUCUUUAUGAUCUUGGCUCUUCGGUCCCUUUGGCUUCUCACUGAGCUUUUCUGUUGGGGAGAGAAGAUAGAAGGGGGAGAAUGACCUUCCUCUGAAAAGCAGCAGCUUUCAAGUCAUUCUCACCCAAGUGAGUGCAUGCAGUAGAGUGUUGUGACUGUCACAAAGCUGAGAUGUAUCAAGUUUGGAGGUUGUUGGCUUUACAAUAGGGGAAAAAAGAAAGAAAGCAAGCACUCAGGUUAGAAGCCAAGGACCUUACCUGUAAAACAGAACCAACCAACCAACAAUCUGCUAACUUUCAACUAGCAUUCGUGGUGAAAACCAAGUGUGAUUCUUGCAGCCUUGCCGCAUACUUGAGACGUGACUCUCUCUGUGCUAACAUGUGGCCUAGGGUUGCCAUGAAGGUGCUGCAGGUUGGGUCAGGCAAGGAAGGUGCUCCUGCCGGACUAGUAUGGAAAGUAUUGCAAAGGUCAGAAUUCCCAGCAGGAAUCCAUUCCCAGCUAGCCCGAGCACUGGGAGCCCUCAGCUCUGCUUUCAGUCUGUUCCUUCCUGCCCUCAAUGGUUUGGUGUCUUUGCCUUUUCUGUUCUUCUCUUGGGCUCAGUUUCUAUUCCACUUUCUUUUCCUAACAGUGUAAGUUGUGCACUUCUGUGUCUGUGUACAUGUGUGUUUUAGUGGCACUCAAGAGGCAUGUACAUAAUUAAACAUAUAAAACUGAGUGGCUUAGCCUCAUGGCCUAGAGAAUCCCAAAGUGGCCCACCCAUCAUGGCAGGAACUGCCUGAAUGAAGAGAACAGCCAUGCAGCUCAUGUGGUCCAAAGGUGUUUCUGAUGGAACCAAACAGAAAAAUCGGUUGUCUCCCUGCCUCCAUCUAAGAUGCAUCUUACCCUGUAACUCGAGGCUUAUCAGACUGCAACUUCUGUCCAUGCCUACCGAGGCAAGGGUAGGAUGGGGGAGGCUCAAAGCUGCCUUGCCCUCUGCAAGCACACAGUUCAAAGGUUGAGCCUUCGUGAAUCACCAAUCUAAACUGGUGGGCCUUGGUCAUCAAUGGAGCCCUGACAAAGAGACAGGAAUAAGGGCACUACUGUGCAAAGAGGCCAUGUAAAUUGCCAAAGGAAAUCUGUGUCUUUGGAGAGAUUACAGAGAUGAGUUUGGGGGAAGGCAAUGACUGUGCUCUUUUUCCCCUUCGGGAUAUUGGAGUACAAACUUAUGCUCAUAUCAAAUCAAAAUGAUGGCUUAUUUCAAACUGGAUGAGGAUGAAAGGUCAGGUCAGAUCAGGGCUGGGUUUCAGAUGAUUGUUAAGAUGAGCUCUUGCUGUUAGCAACCAUAGUUACUCAAUCCAACACAUUGGUCCCAUGACAGAUGCCAUUGGAAAGCCUGCCCUUCUCAGGAGCUAGUUCUCUAUGUUUCAGUAUUUAUUGAGUACAAGAAUUUCAGAAGAAAAGGCUAGGCUUUGUUUGCUUAGUGCUCUAUGUGGAGUGGAAGGAAGGCACUCAAGAAAUUUCUGCCUCAUACAUUAUGUAGAGAGAUACCCAAGAAGGCAGCAGCUACCUGAACAACUGGGAGGUAUCCUCUUCGGUAUCCCUAAUGUUACCUGUGCUCCUAAUUCCAAUGCCUGACACAUAGUAGGCAUUUAAUAAAUGCUCUACAGAGGUCUGCACUCCCCUUUUUUAAUUUUUUUUUAAUUUUUUGCAAGGCAAUGAGGGUUAAGUGACUUACCCAGGGUCACACAGCUAAUAAGUGUGAAGUGCCUGAGUCUAGAUUUGAACUCAGAUCCUCCUGAGUCUAGGGCCGGUGCUUUAUCUGCUGCACCACCUAGCUGCCCCCUACAUUCCCCUUUGAUAAUGGCCCUCCCAACCUGGAGCAGAUUGUUAGGAUGGGAAAUCUCCAUGCUGUGAAGGGUGUGAUUUGAUUUUUGGAAACAGCCAAAUGUCAUUCUGAAACAUUUGGUGGCCAAGAUUGGGAAAGAGGGUUAGAGUUUGGGUCCAAAAGGAAGUAUGGCUAGUAAGUAACAAAGUUGUUUGUCUUUGGGGUGCUCUGAGCCAUCCCCAAAGAAGGCAGCCUAAUUGAGUGCUGCCUCAAGGGCAUUCCUCUGGAAGACCAACUGUCAGUGGCUGGAUGAGGCCUUGUAUCCCUCAAGUUCAUCUUUGUACAUGGUUUAGCAUCCAACUAACAUUAUACCUAGGGGUCAGGCAGAGGAGAUGAGUGGUCUAAAUGGGAAUUAUUGGGAGGGAAUUGCUGAGAUCACAGACUGAAAGCUCGAAGAGGAAUCGGAGGCAGAAAGCGAGGCCCAGAGAGAAGAGACUAGUCCAAAGUGGCACAAGAAUAGAGUCCGAAUCUGAACCCUGGUCCUAUGAUGCAAAAAUCCAGCCCUCUUUACACUACACCAUGUUGUCUCCCUCCUCCCCUCAGUAUUUUCUUUUUGCUUUUGUUUCUUGUUAAAAAAAAAGAAAAAGAAAGGAAGGAAGGAAGGAAAGAAAAGAACAAAAGAACUUAAAACCAGCAGUAGCACUCAAAUAGGUAGCUAAUAGCCAAUCCCUGGCCAAGAGUCUUUUUCUUCAAGAAUUCUCCAAAUGGGUUUGGAAAUGCUCUUUCAACAGGACUCUGUUUUCCAUCCUCUUCCAGUCAGGAAGAACAAGAGAAGGGAAAAGAGCAGUGAGGCUCUAGUUUCAAAGUCUGUCUUUCAGGUCAAUGCCCAGAGAAAGACCAGGGGGUUCUAAAGGUUUUCAGUGGGCUCAUCUUACCCACACUCUUCCUGGAAUCACUAAGGCCACUUACCACUGUGACCUCAGAGAUCCAGAAGAGCUUGAUCCCUGAAGAGAGAACCGAUGCAGUAGGACUUCCUGAUACACUAGGACUAUUUUCCUAACAGCCCCUGGAGAAGAAGUUUUGUUCGGGCAGGCCCAGAGUUGGUCCUGAUUGUCUGACAGCCACACAGCAGUUUUUGGUGCUCAGUGGGCCUGGCUGAGAAAAGCCCAAAGGAUAACGACAUCAGGUGCCACCCCCUCUCCCCCAACUCCAGCUAAAGGGAAGGGGGGAUUGAAAUUGAUGAAACCCUGCUUCAACCAACAGGGACGCCACCUUGUCCCUUUCAAGGCCCAACCAUACACACACACACACGCACACACACACACACACACACACACACACACACACACACACACACUCUCUCUCUCUCUCUCUCUCUCUCUCUCUCAAGUGUGGAGGAGGAUUUGAAAUUGCCACACCUCUCCUGAUGGAGCUGACUAAAUCAGGGCCGCAAAAAGCAAGCCAAGGGCUGCUAAAUCAUCAUUUAGGUGUUUCAGGUUUGGGGGGAGCUUGUCAGGGGUCAACAAGUGUUAUUGCUUUAUAUGUUUAUAUCGUGUGGCCUAGGAAAGGGAGGAAGAGAGACAAGGUGUCAUUCAUUAAGAAUUCCCUUUUCCUCAUCUAGCUGUCUCAGUUUCACGGGCACAUAUAGAAAGCCUGUCUGCAUGAACUUUAAGGUAAAACCUUAGCUUCUGAGCCCAAUGAUGAGGAAGGGAGAGGCCAGUCGGGCAUGUUCAUCUUGAUUACAGCUUGGCAUCAUGGGCUACUCCUUAAAAAUCUACAUGUCGUCUCUUUGAGUAGCAUUACUUAAGUAACUGUCACUUUUGUUUCAGUGCAAAGUUAACGUCAGCCUUAAAUAUAAGUGUAAAAAAAUGAAAUCUUGUAAAAGAAAAGUGUUUAUUUUGUGUGUAUUUUUGGAUUUGUUGUAAACUGAAACGUGAAGCAGCUACUUCCCCUUAUUCGGAUGCCAAGUGUUCUGUUCCUCCCUUUUCUGAUGUAAGCAUUCCUAGCUGCCUAUUGAUAAUAAACAUUUAUG